GUGGGUGAAAGGUCCAACAGACAGCAGUUACAGCAGCACACAGACACAUCUCACAGAGUUACAGUCGACCAGCAGAACCGAGAGUAAACAUGUCCAAACAGCCGCAGCCGAUCAGCCCUCUGAAGAACUUCUUCGCGGGAGGCUUUGGAGGGGUUUGCCUCGUCUUGGCCGGACAUCCACUCGACACGAUCAAAGUGCGUUUACAGACCCAGCCCAAACCCAAACCUGGAGAGGGCCUCCUGUACGCUGGAACCAUUGAUUGUUUUAAGAAGACCUUAGCCAGAGAGGUGAAGUAUGCGGGACCCAUGGACUGUGUAAAACAGCUUUACAGAGCGUCUGGGAUCAGAGGAAUCUACAAAGGCACCGCUCUGACUCUCAUGAGAGAUGUUCCAGCGAGUGGGAUGUACUUCACGUCCUACGAGUGGCUGAAGAACCUCCUCACACCGGCAGGAAAAAGACUCGCUGUUGAGAUACCGGCCGGUUUGAAAGAGCUGCUGCAGGGCUACACGGUGGAGGUGCUCCGCCGCAGGCCGCCAGACCUGGUCGAGUUUGCCGUGCAGCACUUCACACGAAUUCUGGAGGGUCAAAGAAAUGACCAGAAAGCGAAGAAAUGCAGCGCCAAGCCCAAGAGGAAAGGAGUGACCUUUGAAGCGAACUCAAACAAGCCCAACAAGGACAAUGAAGAGGAGGAGGAGGAAGAAGAUACUGUUAGUGAGUAGUCCACCACCAGUAAAUACAACCGCAGAGUUUCAGUUUGUGCGGAGGCGUACAACCCAGAGGACGACGAGGACGAGGACACAGAGCCUCGGGUCGUCCACCCCAAAACAGACGAGCAGCGCCGCAGACUUCAGGAUGCCUGCAGAGACAUUUUACUGUUUAAAACGCUGGAGCAGGAGCAGUUCUCUGAAGUUUUGGACGGCAUGUUCGAGGUGUUGGUCAAACCUCAGGAACACAUCAUAGACCAGGGAGACGAUGGAGACAAUUUCUACGUGAUCGAGAAGGGCGUGUAUGAUAUUCUUGUGCAGAAGGACGGAGUGAGUGUGUGCGUUGGAAGGUAUGACAAUAAGGGUAGUUUUGGCGAGCUGGCUCUGAUGUACAACACGCCGCGAGCUGCCACGAUCGUUGCAACGCAGGAGGGCGCCCUGUGGGGCCUGGACCGAGCCACAUUUCACAGGCUGAUUGUUAGAAAUAAUGCGAAAAAGAGGAAGAUGUAUGAGGCCUUCAUUGAGUGUGUCCCUCUUCUGAGGUCUCUUGAGCUGUCUGAGAGAAUGAAGAUUGUCGAUGUUUUGGGAGCCAGAGUGUUCAAAGAUGGAGAGCGCUUAAUAACACAGGGGGACCAGGCUGACUGUUUCUAUAUUGUGGAAUCAGGAGAGGUGAAGAUAAUGAUAAAAAGCAAAACGAAGGCGGGCCAGCAGGACAAUGCAGAGGUUGAGGUGGCUCGUUGCUCUCGAGGGCAGUAUUUUGGGGAACUGGCACUGGUCACCAACAAACCUCGUGCAGCGUCAGUUUAUGCUGUGGGUGAUACCAAAUGUUUAGUAAUUGACAUCCAGGCUUUUGAGCGUUUGCUGGGACCCUGUAUGGAGAUCAUGAAGAGGAACAUUUCCCAGUAUGAAGACCAGCUGGUGGCUUUGUUUGGCUCCAGUGUUGAUUUAAAACACUAGAACGUGUAAUUUUAAAAUGAAGUAGUAUUUAAGUCAAACAUAGUGACAGUGCAUGUAACACGUGAUUAUCUCCCCUUUGAGGUAAAUGUAACAUACAGCCACUGUUUCAUAUUCGGCAAAAUGUACCGUUCCUUGUAUAACUCGGGUUAAAAAUGUUUCAGAUGUGAGUAAGAUACAUCUCAU